UAUAAACAUGUUGACUUCCAACUGAAGCUGCUUUUUUGCCUCUGAGACCAAGACUUUAUAAAGAACAGACGGAAAAGGAGACUGAGGAGACAACACACAUAUUACAUUACUGUGGAUUGUUUGGAGCAUUAUUAUAUCUUACCAUACCGUGGCUGGAAGAGAGACUCAAUGUCGUCACCGUGCCUCAGCAGUAUCUUGACUCGUGCCAAUCUGACGAUGUAUCAGACUGGCUUCACUGAAAGCCCACCACAUCAGCUCCAUGGGCCACCCAGCCUUAAUGCUUUGGAGAGCAGAGGCUACAACACAAGAGGUGUAUGGUACAAACAGAUAAGCCCUCACUACUGGACAGCAGACCAAGUUCUAGAGUGGAUCAGUGACCAUGUUGAGAGCAACAAGUUUGAUGCGAGCACCCUAAGUCUGGCUUUCUGUUCCAUGGAUGGCCAGGUCCUCUGCCACAUGAACCUAGAGGAGAUGGUUGGAAUCUUUGGCCCACAGCUUGGUCCACAACUUUACCAAAGCUUAGAAGAAUACAAGACCAAACAUGAAAUCCAGAGUCUCUCAGGGCCAGAACUAAGUGAGACGUGUCAACUUCUGGAUAACUUCUUGGACAACUUGAACUUCCCUUUGUUGAGUUCUAUCAAAAUUGGCCAUGAUGAUGAAGCUGAGAGCAAGAGAAAUUUUGAUUACCGGGAUGGUUAUGAUCUGGCUAGACUGACCAUGGAGUCCAUGACAACUCUGGAGGACACUGAUUACCUUUCUGAUAAUCCAUCCGACAGUGAAUGCAGCUCCUCUGCCAACAGUGGCAUGUUUGGAUCUAUGAGCUCACCAGAGUCUGGUAGCAGUGAGUCAGACCCUGAAUCCUCAUACGCAGGGUCAAAGGUCCACAUCAAAACAGAAGAUGGAGAAUGUCGCAUGAAGAGACCCCGAGGGCGGCCUCCUAAGAUCAACAGAGAACACAGCAGCAGCAUAUAUAACAAUACAAGGAAAAUAAAACAUGCACCCCGUGGUACCCACCUGUGGGAAUUUAUCAGGGAUAUUCUCAUCCACCCAGAGAAGAACCAGGGCCUGAUGAAGUGGGAAGAUCGUCGAGAGGGUGUGUUCAAAUUCCUCAAGUCUGAGGCUGUCGCCCAGAUGUGGGGUCAGAAAAAGAAGAACACCAGCAUGACCUAUGAAAAACUCAGCCGGGCCAUGAGGUAUUACUACAAGAGAGAGAUUUUGGAACGAGUUGAUGGCAGAAGACUUGUAUACAAGUUUGGAAAGAAUUCCAGUGGUUGGAAGGUUGAGGAGACAGGCGCCAGCAUCUGAGGCAUCAGUCACUAAGUGGCUAGAGACCACAAAGCUGUCCAGAGCAGGAGUUUAGGAACCAGAAAACCUGUCUUGCCUGGCUGGAAAAAAGUCGUAACUACCAAAAAGUUUAAGACAAAACUUCCUCUUACAGGGAAGGUGUUACAGAAAAUGUAAGCCAUUGUGUUUGGCUCCAGUAGGUUUUAUGAACCAAUAUUAUGUGUUUAAUAUUAUAUGUUUUUUGUGUUUUAUAUUUUGAUCCUCAUUACAGAAACUUUAGAUGUGAUAUUUUUGAGUGUCUGCAAACACAGUAAUAAUAGUUCAGAGUUUGCAUUUAGGUUUUUUUGUAGAUUCAGGACUAACUAAUCUGUCUUGUGUCUAAAGUUUUUGUUAUGGGACAUGGGAAUGAAUAACUGUUGUGGCACUGGAAAUAUUUAAUUUCUUUAUUGUUCUGUCAUGUUUUCCAUCAAAAUCUAAAAUUAGUUGUUGAUCUAAAUGUGAGAUUACAUUUGGAAAACACAAAUUAAAGACAGAACAGAGAGAAAUAAUGUAGGUCACGUUUUUUACGUUAACUUUUACUUUAUGUUCUACCUAUCUGUACGACUUGUUAUAAAGUGUUCUUACUAAUUUUUUAUUAAAGAACACCUGAUGAGUAACCCAGUGCUUUAGUUGAUGAAUUUUAUGAUUUGAUGCCGAUUGUUUUCACGUGAAUAAUAAAUAUUUCACUCAUCAGUCUCUGUAUUAGUGGAUGUGAGAAAUAAACCACAAUGUAAAUUGUAA